UAGAUAGAGAAUAUCUUCCAAAGCACGAAGAAACGAAGAAAGCCGAUCGUCAGAGGCCUUUCCUCUUUCUGAAACUUGCGCGGUACAUUAGACAAAGCACACACACUCACAGAGAGAGAGAGCGCGAGAGAGAGCCAAGACCGGACACCGGAGACGGACCAGCAAUCAAAGAGCAAUGGGGGAAGAUCCACAACGCUUAAAGAGGAUUGCAGCGGCCUCAUACGACUACGAGAACGACCCGCGAUGGGCAGAUUACUGGUCGAACAUCCUCAUUCCUCCUCACAUGGCAGCUCGGUCCGACGUUGUCGAUCACUUCAAGCGCAAGUUCUACCAGCGUUACAUGGACCCUGAUCUUGUGGUUGAGUCAAUGUCUUCAAGUAUCUCAUCUCAGUCAGCAAGACCAUCUGCUCAAUCUUCAACCUCAUCUUCAAAUGAACGACCACGGAGCUCAGGGGCAACUGCCAGAACAUCAGGGGCAUCAUCAACACCAAAUGCAAAUCCAACUUCUAUGCGCUGGGACCGGCAAACAAUACAAUUUUCAGUCAAUGCUUGGGUUUUUAUUGUUGGUCUGCUUGCCAUCCUUCCAAUUAUAUCUAGAAACCUCUCCAAUAGAGCAUAUCGUUUGUCCUUUGUGGGCACUGCCUGUUCCUCUUUGUAUUCCUUGUACUCAUUAUACGGGAAACCUAGGGCAUGGAAUCUGCAAGCUGUCCAAGUAUGGUUUCAAUCAGUAAUUGCGACCAAGGAUUUUAUCUAUUUCCUAUACUGUCUUAUGUUUGUAACGUCUCAUCUCCAAACCAAAUUUGCUUUGAUACCUGUACUUUGCCGAGCUCUUGAACAUGUUGCAAAGUUCUUAAGGCGCAAUUUUAGUCGUUCCUCUUUGUACAGGAAGUAUUUAGAAGAGCUGUGUUUGUGGGUGGAGUCUAACACUACCACGCUAAACAUAUUGACUUCACAUGCCGAGAUUGCACUGGGCUUCCUUCUAAUUAUUUCACUGUUCUCAUGGCAACGCAACAUAAUACAAACGUUCAUGUAUUGGCAGUUGUUGAAGCUCAUGUAUCAUGCCCCUGUAACUGCAAGCUACCAUCAAAGUGUAUGGGCUAAGAUUGGUCGGACUGUAUGCCCUCACAUCAACCGUUAUGCCCCAUUCUUGAACACUCCAAUCACUGCCAUUCAGAGAUGGUGGUUCAGGUAAAGAUUCAAAUUGAAAGAGAGAGGGAAAGAAGAGAGACAUGCAGAGAUCAAAUGAGAUUCACUUGUUUUUGCUGGUCACUGAUUUCAAACCACUGAAAUCCUUUUAUAACUACUCGAAUCACCUUUUGGAAAGACUGGUCACUGAUAAAAUGGUGCAAAAUUCUUGAUUAAAAUAGUCAAAUGAACCCUUUACUUAACA